AUGAGGUUGGAUGGGACUGUUCUUCCAAGGGAGUUGACAGGUUUAUGUUCUGAACAACAACAACGCUUAGAACGUUGUGUAAUGGAAGCGCAUUGGUCUGGACUGUUCCCUGACCGAACAAUUCCCGAAUUUGACCGUUCUGGCUAUAAACGUUUUAAUAGACAUUGGGAUGAUGAUUCUGCAAUGUUUCGACUUGAAUACAAAAUGCAGCCUGGAAGUUGGUUUUAUAUUAAAAGAUAUAAUCCUAGAGCGGCAUUGUACAAGAAGAGGGAAGAAGAGGCUACUGGAUAA